UCUGCAAAAUGAAUCCGUCCACGGUGUCGUCAGUUCCGUGAAGCGUUCCUCUUGGAUUCAAUAAUAAAGAUAAAGGAUUAUUUACGAGCGCUCCAAGACAAACGCAGCGAGAAUUCGAACAAACAUUGAUAUGUCACUAAAAUAUCCCUAAAUUAAGAGUGCAAUAGUUUUCCCACAGUCAUUUUGUUUUCUUCUUAUUGGACUGACAGAAAGACACGUCGGUCUCAUCUAAAGACGCGCAAGAACUGGGAUGCACUGGCGUUAGCCUGCUAUUAGCUCGUAGGCUAGCUUCCCGGACAGCUCCACUCUAACGACCGGACCAAGCAAACCAAAUAGUGCAUUAUGACAGAAAGCAUUAUGAGCAAAGCUGCCACAAUGGAGAUCCCUAUCAACAGUAAUGGUGACACGGGGACGCUACCAGAAGACGACAGCCUUGAACAGGCUGCAAAGCUGCAGUGGAGCUUAGAUGAGAAAGUAGGGAGCUCCAGAGGCACCAGGGACCUACAGCAAGUGAUGGUGUCAGGUCCCAAUCUGAACGAGACGAGCAUCGUGUCAGGGGGGUACGGAGGAACAGCGGAGGGUAUAAUCCCCACAAGCUCAAUCAAAGGACCUGCAGUGCGCUGCAAUGCAGAGUUUUACAAAAGGAUCCCAGUUACAGGAAUAGGUUCCAGCAUGCACCACAGCAGCAGCAGCUCGUCGAUGACGGCGGAGGAGAUGAGCCGCGGCGUCGCCGUGGAGAAACUGGAAACGGUGAAGCUGUGGGGUCUCAACACUUACAAGUGUACGAAGCAGAUGCUGUCGGAGCGCUUCGGCCGCGCGUCCCGGACCGUGGAUCUGGAGCUCGAGGCCCAGAUCGAAGUGCUGAGGGACACGAAGAGGAAAUACGAGAGCGUGCUGCGAUUGGCCAGAGCACUGACCAACCACUUCUACAACAUGGUGCAGACGCAGCAUGCGCUGGGCGAUACCUUCGCUGACCUCAGUCAGAAAUCUCCAGAACUACGGGACGAGUUCGGCUACAACGCCGAGACUCAGAAGCUGCUGUGUAAAAAUGGGGAGACUCUACUUGGUGCCAUUAACUUCUUUGUGUCCAGCAUCAACACGCUGGUCAACAAGACAAUGGAGGACACCUUGAUGACCAUCAAGAUGUUUGAAAAUGCCAGACUGGAGUUUGACGCCUACCGGUCAGACCUGGAAGAACUGAGCAUGGGUCCGAGGGACGCCGUCGCCAUGGCCCGUAUAGACGCUGCCCAGCAACAGUACCAAGUGCACAAGGAGAAGUACGAACGGCUCCGCUCAGACGUCAUCAUUAAACUCAAGUUCCUGGAGGAGAAUAAGGUGAAGGUGAUGCACAAGCAGCUCCUCCUCUUUCACAACGCCAUCUCGGCGUACUUUGCGGGCAACCAACAGCAGCUGGAGCAAACGCUGAAGCAGUUCAACAUAAAGCUGAGGCCCCCCGGGGCCGACAAGCCCUCCUGGUUAGAGGAGCAGUGAGAAAUGAGAGUGCCCUCUGGACUCUCUCUCUCUCUCUCUCUCCCUUCUUGACCACCUCCUCCUGUUACCUGUUGAAACCCCCCCCCCCCGCUCCCCCCCAACGUACAGAGGACCAAUACAUGCAGAUAACUGGGUGGAUGAAGAUAAAGAGAUGAGUGUGCGGCUGGAUAGAAGGACAGAUGAAUAACAGGGUAUUAUUAGUGGUGAAUGGGCUGAAUACAGCGGGGAAACAACGCGGCCAGUUUCAUGAACAGUUUGGGGGCUUUCAGUGCCUCUCUCUUUCAAAACUCCCCCCUUUUCCUCACUUCGACCUGCUCCUUGUGCUUUUUGUUCUUGAAGAAAAACGACUUGUCUCUUCUUUCCCCUCUUUGUGUGCUUGUGUUCGUCAUAUUACGGCUGUUACCGCUCUCCUCGUGUGCCGAGUUCCAAUUUUCCGGGGCACCACGCGAUCUUAGUUACAGUUAAAAGAGACGGACGGAGUACAAUAAGGAAAACAAAAGAAAACAAAUGACACAAACGCAUCAGAACUCUUCCGAAUGGGUACCGCUCCCCUGGUGUGCCUCCUUUUACGUGUACAUAAGCUGAAAUUCAGAGGGGAACUUCACAUGGAGGGAUUUGUAUGAUACACUGAAAAUGGAACGUGCAGAUAUUUCAAACAAUGUACUGUUUUAAAAAAAAAAAAAAAAGAAUUAUGUUAUAAUUUUUUAGCUUGCAUAUGUUUAGUAUACAUUUUUAGUUUAAUUUCAUUGUCUUCGCUUUUAUUUUCUCACAUUUUUACGCUUCAGAGUAAAUGACUGGUUGAAUAGGACAGCGCCGCGUUGUUCAGUGUGUAAAAAGAAAAUUCACCAACGCUACGGAUGUGAAAGUAAUUAGUGUCGUAUAUGCAACGAGGACUUAAAGGAACAUUACGCCACCAUUUUGACAUGUAUUGGCUGUUACUAAUCACAUCAGCGAUGGCUCAGUUCUGUAAGUCGCGACUGUCAUGUGCACAUGGAAGCGAAAUGGAACAGGGCCGUCGUUGAAAACUGUGAUUUUUCCCUCUAUAUCCUCUCAAAAUGGCUGCAUGUGAUUAAUUUUCACUCACAUCGGCAUCUUUAAGUCCCUCUAUACGCUUGUUUACAGUUCUUCACACUGAAGAAUACCGCCGCUGUCCAAAAUGACUAACAUUUCAACAUUUAUUUGUUAAUCGUGGUGAUUAGCGUAACACUAAUGAUUCAUCUUUUUCUUUUUUUUUUUUGCUGUAUCUCCGUGGUGUAAUAAUAAUAAUAAUAAUAAUAGUAAACAAUCAAAUCGUUGACAAUUACAAGAUGGUUUUGCGAAAUUGUUGGAGUCGUACUGCGCGUGUUAAAAGGUAAACUAUGAUGUAAUACUGUAUUUAUUUUGUUAAUCACAAUGUUGAUCUGUCGGAAUUGAAAAUAUUCUACACUGGAAUGUCUGCGAUGGGCAAAUACUUGGUUUGCAAGUGCAGGAUUUAAGGCAUUUUGCAGACAACAAACUAUUUAUUGAUAUCCCACCCCCCCAAAAAAAAAACAGUUAUUACAAACUAUUUAAUUUCUUUUAUUUCAGACCUCAGUGAAUUCAAACGAAGAUAAUCCAGUAUAAUGAAUGUUUUUACCGUGCUGCAUUUAGCGUCAGUUCACCCUCAACUAUUUGUUUCCUCUGUAUUUGCUCGGCAGACAGAGAUCCAAAGUGUAACGGUGCUGUUCCAGUCGUAGUCGGAAGUCGCUCCGACUUCCGACGUAAACGGAACACGCCGUUAAGCGCAGAUAUGCGUGGAUGCACUGAUGCCGUUCACUUGGCCUUGACGCCGUGCUUUUGGGAUUAAAGGAAGUGAUGAAAGGAAAAGGGUUUGCUUUUUUUUAAAUGGAAAAGCUAAUAUCAAUAAUGAAUUAUAAGAUUAUAUUUCAAUUUGUUUGCAGUUCCCGUGGCCAGCUCCUGGUCUCUUUGACCACCACACAGCAAUAGUGACAAAAUGUGACUCCUCUUCUCCCACACCUACCGCAUUGAAAUUCCUCUCCCUGACACCAAAAUGAAGAUUUAUGAAAUGAGAUAUUUUAUUUGUGUACAAUCAAUAUUUUCUAGGUCAAGCUGGUAUAUUGUACUGAUUGCACAUAGCGGUAUUUAAGAUGAUAAAUGACGUUGUCUUGGAUUGAUGUAAUACUCUGCCCUCAUUCCUCACUCAGACCUGAAAAAUCCCUCCACACCCCAAGGGAGCAAAAUUAAAAGUACACAUUUUCAAA